CUGCACGCGAGCGCGCGCCUGGCUAGCCGGCAGUCCUCCUCCAGGCAGCCAGAGGCAAGGAGCUGAGCUCAGGGGAGGACGUCGCUUGGGGGAGGGGAAGGGGCUCGCGAACCUCCCUGGUCUGGUCUUGCUCAUCCCCUCCCCGAGCUGCGGGAAGCGCCCGGGAGAAGGCAGCUGGAGCUGAAUGGAGUAAUCUGAAAGAUCUUUAAUGUCUCCCAAGAAGACAAAACCUUUCAAAGAUACUUUCCGAUUGUGAAUACUUGAGAACCCAAAAAAAGCAAAAAAAAAAAAUCUGAAAGGAUCUCUCCAUGGAAUUUAUACAUCUAAGUGUCCAUCAAUGGAAAGAAAAUGAUAUCUUCUAAUUUUUUAUGUAUUUCGAUACCUUUCAGUGUCAUCUCUUCCACUUCACUGCACACAAUGGGAAAAACUUGAGCAACACUCCCAGUUAUAUUUCAAUCCGAAGAGUUUUCCAUGAUUGUGGUGAACUUUAACCAAACAUGCCAAUUGAAGAUCUUUUUAUUUUCCUUUCAUUUGCAUAUUGGGCCUAACCAAAGAAUGUGUUUGUGCAUUCUUUAACUCUCUGGCUUCAGCUCAUUUUUAUUUGUGUUUUUGUUUCUUUAGCUUUCCAACAAAUCCAUGUAAUUACAAAUUGUACUUAAAGUUUUACAACCCAAUUUGCAUGUGUUAGAAAUAAUUUUGAUGGCUGGUCCAUGGCUCAUUGAUGCAGCGAUAAAAAAGGCAAUAAUAUGAGGCACUGUGUUAACUGCUGCAUACAAUUGUUACCUGAUGACUUGCACCCACAGUGUUUUAGCUGCCGAGGACCCUAUCACAGUCACCACAAGUGUCCCAUCUGCAAAGGAGAGAAAAUUCUGUUUCGAGUGGAUAGCAAGCAGAUGAACUUGCUUGCAGUUUUAGAAGUAAGGACAGAAAACAACGAAAGCUGGAGUGGGCUUUUUCGCUUCAAAAAGGGGAAGCGAUGGAGCCUUGUUUGUGGACUGAUAAUAAUGACUUUGGUGAUGGCGUCAUAUAUACUGACUGGGGCCAAACAUGAACUCCUGCUCAUACCAUCAUCAUUGCGUUAUAGGAGCUUUCCCAAUAAUCCAGCUUUAGCAGAUGAUGAAUACCUGAGGAAUUUGAAAGAUUUUCACCAACCCUUUUUAAUGAAUAUCUCAUAUGAAAAAUAUUAUCCAAACAUUAAAUUAAUUAUCAACACAAUCACAUCAAAGGUUGAAUUUACUACAAGGCAGCUCCCAGAUCUAGAAGACCUCGAGAAACAGGAACUGCAUAUGUUCUCAGUAAUCCCUAACAAAUUUCUUCCAACUAGUAAAAAUCCCUGUUGGUAUGAGGAAUACACAGGGAAAAAUACGACAGAUCCUUACAUGACCAACCUCUAUGCACUGUAUUCAAAGCAUUUUCGGUCAACCUUUGAUUACCUCAGAAAAGAGUUUUGGAACCACUUGUACCAUUUCAAAGAGAAGCACUACCGCCUACGUUGUCUUCCUCAUUUCUACAUCAUCGGGCAACCAAAGUGUGGGACGACUGAUCUGUAUGAUCGUCUCCGGUUGCACCCAGAUGUGAAAUUCUCAGCCAUUAAAGAGCCACACUGGUGGACAAGGAAACGAUUUGGAAUAGUGCGACUGAGAGAUGGGUUUCGUGACCGCUCCCCAGUGGAAGAUUACUUGGAUUUGUUUGACUUGGCAGCCCAUGAAAUUCACAAGGGACUUCGGAGUGAUUCAGGGACAGAGAACAGCAAGAUGAAUCAUAUCGUUAUUGGAGAGGCCAGCGCUUCAACCAUGUGGGACAAUAAUGCUUGGACUUACUUCUAUGACAAUAGUACUGAUGGAGAACCUCCAUUUCUCAUCCAGGACUUCAUCCAUGCCUUUGAGCCAAAUGCGAAACUCAUAGUCAUGUUGAGGGAUCCUGUGGAAAGGUUGUACUCAGAUUAUCUCUACUUUGCAAGUUCCAAUAAAUCUGCUGAAGAUUUCCAUGAAAAAGUGGCAGAAUCUCUGCAGCUGUUUGAAAAUUGCAUGUUGGAUUAUUCAUUGCGAGCCUGUGUCUACAAUAACACCCUGAAUAAUGCGAUGCCUGUAAGGCUGCAGAUUGGCCUGUAUGUCGUGUAUCUCUUAGACUGGCUCACUGUUUUUGACAAAGAACAGAUCCUUAUUCUUCGUCUAGAAGAUCAUGCCUCCAAUGUCAAGUAUACCAUGAACAAAGUUUUCCAGUUUCUGAAUUUAGGCCCCUUAAAUAAAAAACAGGAAGCCCUGAUUACCAGGAGUCCUGCAUCGAAUACAAGACGUCCAGAGGACCGGAACCUGGGACCCAUGUUUCUGCUCACAAAAAAGAUUCUCCAAGACUUUUAUGAGCCUUUCAAUACAAAACUGGCUCAAGUGCUUUCUGAUGAAGCUUUUUCUUGGAAACAGCCAUAAGGAGUUCACUGCUGUGAGCACUGUGCUAGAAGAAGAUUUUAUUACUUUUCAUCAAACGAUAUUUAUUUGGGGGCAAUCGUUUUAUCCUUGGCAUGAAGGACUUUAUCCCAGGAUUUUUGGCCUUCUUUUCUUAGCUUAGCAAACCAUAUUUCGUUAUAACUAUUUCAGACUUUGGGUUUAUCAAAUAUCCUUAUAGUGACUCCUUGCAAUGCACCCUUUCAUUAUGAACAGUUGGGGACUGAUAUGAUGGAAUUCUAUUUUUUCUACCCUCACAAUUUUAUAAGUAUUUAUUAAGCUUCUGCCAUUUGUCCAACACUGUGCCAGGCACCUGAAGAGAUUUGAAAGGUGAUAGAAUCCUUGUCUUCAAAGGGCUUACAAUCUCAAUUUUGUUAGAAUUUUGAAAUUUAAUAGAACAUGCUAGAGAUUAUCUUGAGUUUAAAAAUUAUAUUUUCAUUGUUAGUUUCAAAGCAUGUCUGUUUCAAUUACUUAAAGUCAUUUGUUGCUGGGAGAGGGGGUUCCUUCAUUUUUUGCCUUCUCCUCUCAACCCCCAACAUGUAAUUUUACCUUUGGUUAAUUAAGUAUUUUAUGCAGCUGGUAGAAGUGGAUACAAUGCUGGCCCUGGAGUCGGGAAGACCUGAAUUCAAAUGUGGCCUGAGAUACUUACUUGCUGUGUUACCCUGGGCAA